GCUUACUGAAACUCGAGUUUUCCUGAAGCUUCACUACAGAAAGAUAAACACAUGAGCUCAUCGUGUUGUGUUGUUUGUGUUUUGAUGGGAUAUCCCACGUCGGCGGCUUCUCGCGCUGCUAUGUUGUGUGUUGUUUGGUUGCUAGGGGGCGGGGCUUAGCACUCCAUUCUCUUUUAUUUUUAUAACGUCUGCUGGCGUCACGCGCGGAGAGUUCCGCAUUCCACAGCGCCCAGCGAUACAUAAACGCGCUGAUGCAACGGGAACAGACGCGCAAACGAGCUGAACGGACGAGCAACCGCCAACUCUCAGCAGCGAACAACAAUGAUGCCCGGUCAAAUCCCUGAUCCGCUGAUGACGGCCGGUUCUCUGCCCAGCGUCGGUCCUCUGGCUGGCAUUCCCGCCACCACCCUGACAGACCAGCUCAAACUAGCAGAGCUCUACAGCCUCGGUGCGGUUCUGUCUCCUCUCAUCCUGAACAGACAUGCCAAGAGACCGUUCGACGUCAUCAAGGGUGAGUCAGAUGACAAUGAUGAUCGCAAGAAAAGAAGGCGAGAGAAAAAUAAAGUUGCGGCCGCUCGCUGUCGAAACAGAAAGAAGGAAAGAACAGACUUUCUCCAGAAGGAGUCUGAGCGGUUGGAGACGCUGAACUCGGAGCUGAAGUCUCAGAUCGAGGACCUGAAAUCGGAGCGGCAGCAGCUGAUUGUGAUGCUCAACCUCCACCGGCCCACCUGCAUCGUCCGCACAGACAGCUUGAGGAGCCCCGAGAGCGACGAGCACGUGCUGGACCAGCAAUCUGAGGAGUCCGACUGAACAAACACACAGCCGAGAGGAGAACAGCUGCUGUCAGGACACUGGCACAGGAAGAAGAAGAUGCAGGACAUUCACCGUCAGACAGAACAGUCUGGGAUUUCUUGUAAAAAAAAACAACAACAUCCUGUCAGUGUCCAUUUCAGCAUGAAGAGAAAAGGGAGUAAAUUUGUGUGGACAACAAACAAACCUCCCUGAGAUCAUCCAAAAAGCUCAAAGACGUUUGAAAGGCGCUCGUAAAGCUGCAGGUGUCGCUUCUCAGUUGAUCUGAGCGAUUCCUCCAGCGGCCUGCAGGUGGCGCUGUCCGAUAAACUGUUCACUGACGCUGGCGUCUCUAUGGACCGAUUGUUUACAGUUGUUUGCAUUGACGCAUAUAUUGUACUGUUUAUUGUAUGUACAUUUUUAUUGUGCCAUCACAUGAUAUGGUGAAUUGUAUGUGUUUUAUCUUCAGGGUGUCUGUUGAACGGCCACUUUUGUUACCAAAUAAUGUUUCUUUGUUACAUGAAGCCACAUUAAAAUAAUGCCUAUUUUUCAAAAACAA